AUGGUCUCUUUCUCCUGCGAAGUUUGCAACGACGUAAUCAAAAAGCCCAAGCUCGACUCGCACCGCGGCCAGUGCCGGGGCGCCUACUUCACAUGCAUCGACUGUAAUACGACCUUCAGCGGUAACGACCACAAGACGCACACCAGCUGCAUCUCCGAGGCCCAAAAGUACCAGGGCGCGCUCUACAAGCCCGAAAAGGGCAAGGGCAAGAAGGGCGCAAAGGCUGCGCAGCAGCAGGUCGUUGUUCCUGUGGUUGCUGAGAAGAAUGUUGAGGAUGUUGUGCAGGUAGAGGAGCCUGUGGUAGUGGUGGAGGAGAAAAAGGAGGAGCCUGUGGUGGAGGAGAAGGCGAAGAAGGAGAAGAAGGAGAAGAAGGCAAAGAAGGAGAAGAAGGCUGCUGAACCUGUGGUUGAGACUGCUGCUGAGCCGGUGGUUACUGCUGAAGAGGUUAAGGAAGAGGCCACGCCUAAGAAGGAGAAGAAGUCAAAGAAGAGCAAGAAGGACAAGAAAUCCGAAGAUCCAGCACCCACCGCCGAGCCCGAGGUCGCCGAAGCAGUCCCAGUAGUCGCUGGGGCCAGGCCAGUCGCUGAAGGUCCCAAGGGGGACAAGAAGUCUAAGAAGGACAAGAAAUCUAAGAAGGACAAGAAAGAGAAGGCCGCGGAAGAAUCCGCUGCCGAAGAACCCAAAGCCGAAGAACCCAACGCCGAAGCUGUAACCCCCGAGGAGCCUGCAUCAGCCGCUGAAGAGCCCAAAGAAGCUGCCACCGAAGAGGCCGAAGCCGAAGCCGAAAAGCCUAAGCUGACCCGCUCGCAAAUGAAGGAGCUCAAGCAGAAGCGCAAGCUUGAAGCCGAAGAAGGCGCGGACGAGAAGGAGGGCGCGCCAAAGUCAAAGAAGCCCAAAGAGGAGAUCGCGAAAGAAGUUGCCGAGAGGCGUGUUCUGGGGCAGGCCUUCAUUGACCUGAUCCAGCCGGGGUCGUAUCCGUUGCAGGUCAAGAAGGCGGUUGAACAGUUGGAGAAGACACAUGGUGCGGAGGUUGUGCAGAGGGAUUUGUGGAAGGCCCUGUGUGUGAAGAAGGAGAAGGAUGGAAAGGUCUCCCUGCGUCUGAUCUAG